AUGUGGCUGGAGAGUGGCUUUAGCACCGUCCAGCCACAUGCCCUCGGCGCCGCCUCCGACGACCGCAAAGCCCGCCUCGCCAAGCUCAAAUCCCUCAAGCGCAAGCAGCCCACCGACGAGGCCGACGUCGCGCGCCUGCACCUCUCGGGCCGCAACUACGACCCGGAGGCGCGCGGGCCCAAGCUCGGGUUCGAAAGCGCCCCGGACCACGGCGACCAGCCCACGCUCGAGGAGCUCGCCGCCGACGUGGCGGACGAGGUCGAGCGCAAGGCCGCCGAAGACGCGCAAGAGGCCAACCGGGGCAUCGACCUGUUUAAGCUGCAGCCCAAGAAGCCCAACUGGGACCUCAAGCGGGACCUGGAGAAGAAGCUCGAGGUCCUCAACGUGCGGACGGAUAACGCCAUCGCGCGGCUCCAGGUUGGGGACGAGGAGGCGGACGGGGGUGAUGCGGCGGGUAUGGAUGGCGCGGCGCUCGUGGAGGGACUACGGCCAAAGGAAAGAAAAGAAGGAGAGGAGCUCGCCAAGAUGAGUUCCACCUCCAAACCCGCAGGAAACCUCGGCAGCUGGCUCGCCAACGGCUCCUACCAAGACACCAUCUCCCGCCUCUGCGCCUCCGACCCCCGCCUCCGCCAGCGCGACCCCAAAACCACCAACCUGCACGUCCCCUUCACCGACGAGCACGCGCGGGUCUCCGUCCUCGAAGCGCACGCGGACGACGGUACCUUCCGGACGCGCGCCUGCUACACGACGCCCGAAGCGCUGCAGGCGCACCUCUCGUCCGCCGAGGCGUGCUCCUCGCCACCGGGGCGCAAAGCCGUGUACAUCCUCGAGGGGAUGGGCCCGGGGUUCGUCGGGGUGGUGGGCGCGCACUUUCGCUGCACCCGGCCAUGCCUCGUCAUCUGCGACCCGCCCCUCCGGCGCGUACACGCAGGAGAAAACUACACCGACGCCUUCGACGUCAAGACCUACCCUUACCAAGGCGGGUACAUCGACUUCGUCCCCGAAGAAGAGCAACUUCGCACGCACCACCGGCUCAUCGAGACGCUCCCGGGCCACGCAAUCGAGCACGUGCGGUCCGCCCUCAUCGCCGUGCAGCGCGGCCUCACGCGCAAGCAGGACCUUGCCCGGAUGCCCAUGCGCAAAGACCCGGCCGAGGCGCGACCCGACCCGUCGUGGCUCGACUGCGAAGCGGAUUUUCUGUUUCUCCUACGCCGGUUACGGGAGCUGCGGCACCGCACCGCGUCCCUCAACGCCGCGGUCACGGGUUUGGCGGGCAUCACGGGCAACCGGCUCUCGUACAAGGAGCAGCAGCGCACGAUUCGCGAAGCCAAGAGCACCAAGGCCAUCACGCUCAUCGGGCUCAUCUUUAUCCCGCUCGCCUACACCUCGUCCGUGUUUAGCAUGACGGAGCCGUACGCGCCUGGCCAGGAGCUCUUUUGGGUCUACUUUGCGGCCUCGGCGCCCUUGAUCGUCUUGGUCGUCUUGGGGUACUACGUCCUCGAUUACGGCUACCGGGCGGGGAGCGCGGGGUGGUCUAUACACCACGUCUCGCGCAGGGUGAGGAAGGCGGUCGGGUUGAGUUACAAGACGGAUAAAAGGGAGGACAUGUUUGAGGCGUAG